CUUUUCUAUAUGUUGUAUUUCUAUUGAGUAGCUGCUGUAUUGUUUUGAUUAGGAAAAUAAUUUGGGCAGGUACCGCUACGGAUUACAUAAACUCAGAUCUGCCCUUAAUUCACAGAAGUGAUGGAUGAGCAGACAGGCUCUCCUGCAGCCAACCCUGACAAUAACAGCCAGAGAAAUGGAGAUGAGAAACCUCGACGUGGCAGCUGGACCAAAGGGAGGAAGAGAAAGAAGCCAAUGAAGGACAGCAACGCACCCAAAGCUCCCCUAACGGGCUACGUUCGCUUCAUGAACGACAGGCGGGAGCAGCUACGGGCAGAGCGUCCAGACGUGCCCUUUCCAGAGAUUACAAGGAUGCUGGGCAACGAAUGGAGCAAGCUGCCCCCCGAGGAGAAGCAGAGGUAUUUGGACGAGGCGGAGCGAGAUAAGGAGCGCUACAUGAGGGAGCUGGAGAAGUACCAGAAGACAGAGGCGUACAAGCAUUUCACCAGGAAGGUUCAGGAGAAGCAGAAGGGCAAAAGACACAGGGGAGAUGUCGGGCACCAAGUUGCCAGCGAGGCUCUUCAUGAGAAAGAUGCCGAGGGAAAGGACAGAACUGUGUUUGACAUACCAAUCUUCACAGAAGAGUUUCUCAACCACAGCAAAGCGCGAGAGGCCGAGAUGCGGCAGUUGCGUAAGACCAACAUGGAGUACGAGGAGCGAAACGCAGCCCUGCAGAAGCACGUGGAGAGCAUGCGCGGGGCGGUAGAACGGCUGGAGGGCGAUGUGAUGCAAGAGAGGGGACGUAACGGGCUCCUCCGCCAGCACCUGGAAACCCUGCGGCAGGCGCUCACCUCCAGUUUCUCCUCCGUGCCUCUGCCAGGCAGUGGAGAGACGCCCACCCUUGAAACCAUCGACUCCUACAUGAAGAAGCUCCACAGCAUCAUUGUUACUAACCCUCAAGAGCACGAGAAUCUCAUCAACACUGUGAGAGACGUGGUCAACCGUUUGGACAGAUAAUUGGACCAAGUUGAGCCUUUUUUUGAAGGAUUGGGAUUCUCUGUGACAUUAAGUUGGUGCUUGUUCCAGCUUGAAGCUUCGCUCCUGAACGUUGGUCUUCUUGUCGACUCGUCAUCGCAGUUCAGAAUUUCAUUAUCCCGCUAUGAUCUUAUAGGUGAAUGUGGUGUAGUGUUUCAUAUUUAUUUAUUAUUUUGUACUUAAAAAAAUCUGUUAGCACUUGAUUAAUAAAACCUUAUUAAUCGGUCAAAAUAAGAUAAAAUGGUUUUGUCAUUUCUCAUGGUCCAUCUUUUCUCAUUCAUUCAUAGCAGAUACUUUCACAGCAAUAGCACCACUAUUAAACCUGUUGCCAGUGCGUUUGUAUUUACAAUAUCUAAGAAAAUGCUGUCCUUUUCUCAUGCCCUGUAGAAGAUAAAUGUGCCAUUGUUGAUUUCCAGUGUGAUAAAUGUUUGUAUUUUCAAUAAAUGUGUUUUCAUCA